AUGGCCGAACAUGAGUCGGGUCAGGACGAAUUUCAGCGAUUCAAAGCCAUAUGUGUUCCUCUCCUGGGCUCAUCUCGAUUAACUGCAUCGUCUCGGCCCAUCAUAUCAUCCCUCUUGACAAAGCUCAUUCAACUACUUCGCGAGCUAGAACCUCCGCUUUUAUCAUUAUCACUGGUAUCCUACAUAUUCCUUCCUCUAUCGACAAUUCUCCAGCGCAAUGCUUCCUCUGAAAUUCCAAACCAAAUUUUGGAGAAAAUUCUUACUGCAUUCAGAAUUUUGUGUGAAGCCUGGUGGUGGGAGUGCGAUAUCAAAGUUUGGGAGCAGAUUUUCAUGCUUUGUGGCGCCAUCAUAGGGGGUGUAGAGAGCAAAGGCAUAGGUGAACCUCGCGACGAUGAGACCAAGGAAGCGGCUGGGCAGUGUCUCCUCGCUCUUUUGCGUCCCCGGACAGAGGACGAGGCGGUUUUUCGAUCCCUGCCAAACUGGGAAGCUCACAGUCGUCUGGUUCAAUAUCAGGAGCACACUAAGGCUUCGCGGUUUGUUCCGAUCCUUGGUCAAACUUUGGAGUCACUUUUGCGAGAGGCAGAAUCUCAAAACCUGUCACUGCAGCGCGUGUCUUUAGACCUCCUUUUCUUGUUUGUUGAUAUCUAUGCCCCAGAUUAUCUUAUUCCUUCAAUAUUGCCUGGCGUGGCAAGCAGCAUGACGAAAGUCAGCCUCGGUAGAUCCAGUAGCAAAGGCUGGGCGAAGGGGGAACUCGUCGCCGCUGGACUUAAGGUCAUGCAAGUGGUAAUAAUUAAAGCGGUUGGGGAUGACAUUUGCGCCAAGGAAGGAGCGUUGAUCCGUUUCGAGGAUUUGGAAGACCUUGCCACCUUCAAUCGAGAAGAGAAUUCCAGUACUCCUGUUGAUAGCCCCAAACCUUUCGCCACUUUCCGGACCGCUGCCUGGCUGCGUGGCACUUCAUCCCAGUUACACAUCGCCCUCAAUACUCUCACACCACUCGUAACACAUCCCAACCCUACAGCUUUACAUGCUUUGUCAAGAUUUUCCUCGGCCGUCCUCUCUUCGACUUCCUUAACCUUGCCUCAAUCACAACCUUUGCUGUUGUCCUUCCUUCUGUCUCUCUCAAACUCGGACUUCGCGUCCAUCUCCUCAGAAGCCCUUCAAAGCUUGAGGGAGUUGCUUUCGUCUACGAGAGCCCUGCAACAAAUUCUUCUUCAUAACAUGUGGGAGAACCUGUCGUCACUGCCUAGGUUGCUAUCUAUCCAAGCUGACGGCAAAGUCAAGCAUGUUGCCGGCUUGAUCUCCGCUGUUAGUCGGCUCGCGACACUAGAAGACUCUCAUUCUCGACCAUCAUUACCUGCUAUAGCAAGUGGCAUUGGAAAACUGUUAGGCCCCAGUGGCGGUAUAGAGAAAUGGGGUUGGAGUCUUUUGUCCGUGCUCGAAUUUGACGAUUCCCCAGUGGCUCUCACAGGGGGGCAGUUGACGUUCGAGAGUGAUUCAGAUACCCCAGAAUGGAUAUCUUUCCCUGGGAUGCAGUUCAAAAACAUUUCUGCACACGGUACUCUUUAUGCCGUGGAGAGCAUGUUCCAUUCAUUGGGCAGUGCCGGCGGAGACAGUUGCUUGUUUUCUGUCGAGUGGUUCACUAGUAUUGGUCGUACAGGGACGAGCCCCCCGUGCGUUGCUGCUUUGUGGUGUGCUUGUCGUUUGUUGGAAGGCGUGGCGAAUGUGACGCUUUCAUCUACGGGCCUUUUGGAUAUACGUCAGAGCAAACGGUUGGCAAAGGAGAGCCGCGCUUUAGUAAGGGCUAUUUGUGAGCUAUGGGAUAAUCCGGAUUUGGACGAUCUUCUCGACGGCGAUUUCGUCAAAGAAAAUGAGGAUACUCCUCAAUUCCAUAUCCGACAUCAGAACGGUCUUGUCCCUCUCCAUGAAACACUCAAAAUCAUCCCUGCCUCUACUUCCACAAAGCCGAAGAAAGUGUACCAACCGACUCUACAUCGCUCUCUUUGUUUGCAAUUCAUCUCAGUUGGAGCAGGCGUUCUGCAGGCCCGCUUUCACUCUUUGUUUAUUCACGUCCUAUACCCUGUGUUGCGUUCUCUUGUGUCCUCCGCGUCCUUCCUCUCGUCUACUGCACUUGCAACAUUGCAUUUCAUCACAUUGGCCACCUCGUUCGCCUCUCCGGCAAACCUUUUGAUUUCUAAUUUUGACUAUGCACUCGAUGCUGUAUCACGUCGAUUGACUCGCCAAUGGCUCGAUUUGGACGCAACGAAGGUCUUUGCUGUGCUUGUCCGUCUCGUUGGAAGCGACGUUGUGGAUAGAGCAGACGAUGUCGUUGAAGAGUGCUUUGACCGUCUCGAUGAGUUCCACGGCUAUGAGGCCAUCGUUGAUGGUUUUAUUGCAGUGCUGACAGAAGUGAUCAAUGUCAUUGGCAUGGACCUGAAUUCGACACCCUCGUCUGUUACAGAGCCCUCUGAACCCUCGCCCCCCCUUGCUUCUUUGGAAGCACUUGGAUUUUUUUCCUGGUUGCCCACUAGAAAAGAUGGACUCAGUGAGGAGGCGAACAAAACCGAUUUCGGCCCUGCACCAAGGGAAGCUUGGGGAGAUUCCGGUUCAACAGGUAACGAAGAGCCAAUGCCCGACGCAUCGCAAGAGGGUGAGAAGUCAACACCAAUACAGGCUUUAACGAAACAGAUCAUCUCCAGGUCAAUAUAUUUUUUGACCCACGAUUCACCUGUUAUCCGGGCUCGAAUUCUAAACUUGUUGGGUCUUGCAGUUCCCGUUUUACCAGGAUCGGCGCUUCUCCCCUCCAUCCAUUCCGCGUGGCCCUUCAUUGUGAAUCGGUUAUCCGAUACAGAGACUUUCGUGCUGAGCAGUGCUGCCUGCCUUGUUGAGGCAUUGGCAACGCAUGUUGGAGGUUACAUGUACAGAAAAAUCUGGGAUGACGUUUGGCCAAAGUUUAAAUCGAUCUUGGCUCAGCUUGACGAUGCAAUUGGUACCACAGCAGUCGCCCGACAGGUCCACAAAAAUACCAACGCCGAGUCAGCAUAUACACAUUCUCAUCGGCUGCAUCGCUCGGUCAUAAACACAAUGGCAGCCGUUGUUAAAGGAGUGCACUCCCGUGAAGCCUGUCUGUGGGAAGUUAUCCUAGCGUUUAGGCGAUUUUUAGGGGUUCAUGCACAUGAGGAGUUGCAACGUAGUGCGAGAGGCUUUUACAUGAUUGCUGGGGCAGUCAAUCCUGAUGUGGUAUGGCUUGCAUUGAGAUCAGCGACGGAGGACAGUUAUCCAACAAUGGGUUUUAUGGCGAGAACUUGUGACAUCAGUAAAAACGCCGGAAUUAUAAUCAAUAGUCUGAGUUGA